CGUGACGCGGGGCCCCCGGAGAUGCUGCAUCCUGCCGCGAGGAUAUCGCUAAAGCAGAUGUUGACCAAACUUGGCAGCAGGAGGACAUAGGAAGACCCUCAUUACCUUGAUUACCUCCUUUCCACGCGCCGGUGCCGAAAAGAAAUUCUGAACAACAAGAGCGAGACCUCCCGUGUUGCUGGCUGAUAGCAGAACGUAGCGAAGAGAGUUUUCCAAAGCAUGCUGUGGUUACAACCCCGAAGUAAAGUUAGGUCAUCAUCAUCAUCAUCAUCAUAAUCAAUAUUUUUAUACCCAAGAGACAAACGAAACGUCACCAUGAAGUGGAUUUUGCCGCUUGCCGUCAUCUGCUGCAGUCUACGAGCUGCGGCGUCUUGGGGCCAAGCAAGCUUUCCUGAGCAAGAGAAGGAUCCCAACUUCUGGAGAUCCUGGGCCCAGCAGACUCUGAAAAAUGCACUGAUGCUGCAGCAGCUCAACCAGAACCGAGCCAAGAACCUCAUCAUGUUCCUCGGAGACGGGAUGGGCGUUCCCACGGUGACGGCCGCUCGGAUUUUGAAGGGUCAGCUGAGCGGACGCCCCGGAGAGGAGACCCAGCUGGAGAUGGAAAAGUUCCCCUUUGUGGCUUUGUCCAAGACGUACAACACGGACGCGCAGGUGGCCGACAGCGCCGGCACGGCCACGGCCUUCCUGUGCGGCGUCAAGGCCGUCGCGGGCACGGUGGGCGUCAGCGCCAAAGCCGUCCGCUCGCAGUGCAACACCACCGAGGGCAACCAAGUCACCUCCAUCCUCAAGUGGGCCAAGGACGCAGGCAAGUCGGUGGGCAUCGUGACGACGACCCGCAUCAACCACGCUACGCCCAGCGCCGCCUACGCCCACAGCGUGGACCGGGACUGGUACUCGGACAACGAGAUGCCGGCUGAGGCGCUGCGGGCUGGCUGCAAAGACAUCGCCAGGCAACUGUUUGAAAAUAUCCCGAACAUCGACGUCGUGAUGGGCGGAGGAAGGAAGUACAUGUUCCCCAAAAACACUUCAGACGUGGAGUACCCCGACGUCGCGAAGCACGGCGGCACGCGCAACGACGGUCGGAACCUGGUGCAGGAGUGGAUCGAUAAAACCAAGGACAAAAAAGGCCAUUACGUGUGGAACAAGUCUCAGCUCCUGUCGCUCAACCCCGCCAACGUCAAUUACUUACUCGGUCUCUUUGAACCGGCGGACCUCACGUACGACCUGGAGAGGAACCUUGAAACCGAUCCGUCGCUCACAGAGAUGGUGGACGUGGCCAUCAAGAUUUUGAGGAAGAACCCAAAAGGAUUCUUCCUCUUUGUCGAAGGCGGACGUAUUGACCACGGUCACCACAGCGGCCUGGCCAAGAUGGCUUUGCACGACGCCGUAGAAAUGGACCGGGCCGUCGGCCGAGCGGGCCUGCUGACCAGCGUCUCGGACACCAUGACCGUCGUCACCGCCGACCACUCGCACGUGUUCAAUUUCGGAGGUUACACGUUCAGAGGAAACAGCAUUUUCGGCUUGGCCCCCGAGCUGAGCGACGUCGACCAAAAGCCCUUCACUGCCAUCGUGUACGGCAACGGACCGGGUUACAAGUUGGUCAACGGGGAAAGGGAGAACAUCUCCACUGUUGACUUUGAGGACAAGCACUACCAGGCUCAGGCCGCCGUGCCGCUCAGCUCCGAGACCCACGGAGGCGAAGACGUCCCCGUGUUCGCCAAGGGCCCGCUGGCUCACCUGAUGCACGGCGUGCACGAGCAGAACUACAUCCCGCACGUCAUGGCGUACGCGGCCUGCAUCGGGAGCAACAAGGAGCACUGCGCGCAUUCCGUUUCUGGCCCCGGCACGCGGCCCCUCUUCCCCGGUGUCGUCGCCGCCCUGGCGGUCGUGCGAUUUCUGUGUUGACAUCUGGGAUUUUACUGUUGUCGCUCUUAUUCUUCACACACACACACACGUGACAAACAUAGCAUCAUAACCUCCACGAUGUGUGGCGUCGCCACUUGAUUUUAAGAGUUCCCCGAUGGUAUAUCUGUGGCAGGCGCCCUGGCAGUGUUUCCCGACCUUUAUUGAGCCUACGUACAUUUUUCGCAUUCCGAAAAACUCAACACUCCAACACUGACCUGGUCUCAAUUUGCUCCAACAUUGACUUGCUAUUAUGUGAAAUUUGGGUCUGUUAAGUAAAACGUGAGGCAAUUGUAGAAUCAGAAUCAGAAUCGGCUUUAUUGGCCAAGUGUGUAAAAAACACACGAGGAAUUUUUUUGUUCGUUAUUGUUAUGAUUUGUUUUUGGGACUGAACAUAAAAUAUCUCACAAGCGUGAGAACACGCUUCAUAUUUUUGUAAAGAUGAUAUUUUUUCACGGGACACCGAAGAAGUGACGCGUGGCAGCAGUUUGCGCACAGCUGGUAUCACGACGUCAAUUUACUGUCAACACACGGCCACGAACAUCUAAACCGCUUGUAGUCAAAAGUGUGCGCACCCCAUCCUCGGUGAAAAAUGUCCAAACCGGGUCCAUAAGGUCCCAAGUGCACUGAGUUUUGUGAGCUAUUUUAUUUGUUGUAAAUACUUUUCAGACCAAAUGAGUGAAAUUGGAAAAUAACUCUUUGCAAUAAUGUGCUUGGGCACAGUGGUUGGGACUCGCUGCAUGAAGUUGAAGUUGGCAGAUUGAUUGGGUUUUCCCGAGAAUUGGCUUUGUUUUCAUUUUUUUAAACCAUAGCCAAAUCUACCUCUUGCACGUUGAGAUGAUGAGAUGUGGUCUGUGCAAAAAAGACUUUGUAGUACUGGGAUGAAGUCUGAUAGGUCAAACGCUAGCUUUGUUUUCACGAGUUUCCCCCGCAGCAGCCAUUUGCACAGAGUUCACAUACAGGAGAAAUAUGACAUUUCGAUGUACAUACUGUGCAUAUUUAUUCUUUUCUUUCGUUUCUUCUUUCCUCAUAAUGGCCCCAUCUGUCUGUUCAUCCUCCAUAAACCAGGAAGUAGCCUGUUAAAGCUCUGUCCACACAUUCCGUUGUUUAAAAUCUGAACCAGAAUCUGACAAGGGGAAAAACAAAAGUUCCUACUGCGCUAAUCGUCCCGUGUACUUGAGAUGACCAACAGGGCACACCACACAUGUAUUGAUAGCUAAACCGAAAAUCCUGAACCUCUUGCCCCACCCAAACCGCAAGUCCGGCACAGUACCGAGACAACUAGGUCCCAAUAGUCUUUUGUUCCGCAGCUCGCCCCAAAUCUGCCAUCUGACGUUUUGAACAGCUUUAAUAUGUACGAUUGUCGGUGCAAACUGUUUUCUGAAAGCAUCGGGGAGGAAGUCUUAACUGACCUCACUCCAGAGGAUAAUCCUUUAGGAGAUUCUUUUAGAGAGAUCCGAUGACUCGGCCUCCACUGUGUGCGUUUCUUUCGGCUUGUCCCUUUCGGGUUUCGCCACAGCGCGUCAUCUCAGAUGAACGCAUAUAUACACCUUUGGAAUUGGAGAAAAACCCCAGAAUUCUGCGCAAUGAUCUACAUGUGUCUCCCGCGCUUUACCAACAAAAAUGCACGAUUGAUCUUGCCAUCAGUUUGGAGGUCCAGCGGUUUAGUGAGUGACACUCUGGUUCUUUAUGGUUAUGGCUGCGUUUCGAAAUUUUCAACAGCGGGUUCGUGUGAAAAGGGCCAACAUGUCUCGCCAAAUUUCUCAUGUGCUGUACUUUUCCAUCUGCUUGUUGUGGUUCGUGUGUCAUGUGACCGCGGGGUCCUCGUGCUGGAUGGUUGGGCUGAUCGUUGGAUGCGAGGUGUUAUAAUUACAAACUGGUGUCCAAUAAAAAUCUCGAUUUUGUGUCAUCAU